AUGGUGGGACAAAGGCCUGCAAUGGAGACAAACAGUGCUAGAAAUCCUACGGUAGUCGUCAGUGGACCACCUGACAGCCUGACUCAGGUGGUGGCACCUGCUUCACGCCCAUGCCAGCCAGACAGUUUGCUGGAUGGUGAGAAGACUGGAGCGGUGCUGCUGUUCUCCGGAGUCUUCCUGUCUCUGGUUGGUGUCACCUUCACCGCCAUGGGCUGGCAACACUACAGAGCCAGCUCCAGGUUUGAGUGGACCCAACUGCUGGGCCCCAUCCUGAUCUCCGUUGGAGGUACUUUCACCCUCACGGGCAUCUGCAGGUUUGGCAUCGGCUCCUGCCGGCCCUGCAAGCAGUGGGACGAAGAGGCGCUAGUAAUGCCUGCGAUGGAGCAAACCUCCAGGGGACAUUCUUGUACAUUAAGUGGGAUAAAUCAACCAAUCAUGUUGCACAGAGCCACAACAAUGCUAUGCAUUCCACCCGCCUAUAACUUUACAACCCCGGAAAUACACCAGGCCACUGAGUUCCAACCUGGCAGGUCUGUGAAUGGCAUCCCUGUGGCUCUUCCUCCAUAUGAUGCUGUUUACUGUGUGGAUAACAGAGCUUUUGAAACAGAAGUAGGCAGCUCGGUCCACAGCUCAGAAACAGACGGCAGAGGAAGGAGUUUUCCUGUCCCGAUGGAGGUCCGACGAGACGAACAUGCAAUAAUCCGCUCCAGUCGUCCGGGAUCAGCGGGCCUCGGAGUCCAGGCUCGGUCCUGGGACUCUGUGGCUUUCAUCUCAAUGUGA